AUGGUUCAAAGAAAGGUGCCUAGCAAGCUUGGUAUCCAAGCUGAACAUGUUAAAUCAGACAAGAGGUUGGCAAACAUGAAGCUAUCUUCAUCUCAGCACCAAGAUGGCAAAAGUAGAGGGGCUGAUAUGAAGAAGAAAAUGAAAAAAUCAAGGUCAAUAAAGCUUUCUGAUCUUGAGGCUCUUCAGUCAUCAUCAUCACCUUCGAGGAGAAGCUUCCCUCAACCAGCAAAGCCACCCCCUCUUCACACUCCAACGACUUCAGCAUCACCGCAGAAGCAGCAACCUUUGUUCAGAACAACAGAUGGUUCACCCAAUUACAUGAAGCCAACAAGCAGUUCACAUGCAAAAAAGGAACUUUUUCCGGUAAGCCUCAGGAACACUCAAUCUGGUUCUGAUUUUAAGAAUCUUCCAAGCAAAUUUUCCAGUGAUUCCAAAGCUGCCUGUGCUAAAAAACCUGCCAAAGCCUUGACAAGAUCAUCUAGUUUGAGUUUGGUGAGAACAUUGACAAAAACCACUAGUUUCAAGGCUUCUAGAGCUUGUUCUAGAAAAUCCACCAGGGCCGCUAUGUGUGCAGAUAUGACUGCACCACAAAGAGCCACUUGUUCUUCAACUUUGAAGGACUCAAAGUUCCCUUCAUAUCUCAUGCUUAGCCCUGGGGGAACUGAGUCAGAGGGAACUUCAGCCAUGAAGGUUUGCCCUUACACAUACUGUUCUCUUAAUGGUCAUCAUCACGUUGAUUUGCCACCAUUGAAGAGCUUCAUGUCAGCUAGGAGACGCCUUUUGAAGACGCAGAAACGCGCCAAGCUUGAAGCUCUCAGCCCUAGGAGACUGAAUGUUCCUCUUGAGACAGAUAAGAAGGACUCUGAUGUUGAGAAGAAUUGUUUUAAGAAAAAAUCUAUUUGUGAUGAAAUUGGCAUUGAUAUCUUCAUUGAAAUCUAUGCCAAUAAAAAUGAUGCAGAACCUACAGGAGUAGAAGAAAUGGGGAGAACAGAUUUUCUCGAAGAGAUUGAGGAUCAAGAAGAUAACAAGUCAUCAAUUGAAGCUAAUGGUAUUGCAGCUAGCGAGGAGGGUGUCAUGCAAGUCAAUACUCCAAGAAUUAUUGGUAUUCUUUCUCCCUCUGUAUGUGAAAUUGAUCUUGAGGAGGAUUUGAAAAAAUCCUUUGAUGAUGUUGCAAUUGAAGUAGAUACCAACGGAAGCUUUCUCCGAGAACAAAAUUCAGAAGAUGCAGAUGAAAAUCGCCAGCCUAUUGUCUGGGCUUAUGAAGAAAUGAGUAUGGGAAGCUACUGCAGCGAUGGGGAACAAGACAUGGGUGAUGUUGACAUGGUUGAUUCUGAUUCCAAAACCUAUGAAAUGGAGUGGAAGGAGGAGCGAUUUUGCGGAUUCGAUCACGAAGAGGAUGCUGAUUCUUCCGUGUACACAGAAGAGGACAAUGACUCAAAAGUUGAGUCAUCAUCAGAGAGUUCUCAUGAUGUGUCAGUGACUUGGUUGGAUGAUAUCCUUGGUAACUAUUAUGAGGUCUUUCUUGUCGAUGAAACUCACAAAGAACCCAAUUCAGGAGAAAGCAACCAUUUUGAAGAAGAACAUCAUGGCAUCAGUUCUGUCCCUGAAGACACAAAUGGAAGCAUUGAAACUCAAGAAAUUGAGUACUCGUCAACAGGUAUGGGUUGUGACCAAUCUUCAUUUACAGAGGAAAUAUUUGAGUAUAUGACAAAUGCACAAGAUAAAGGUGGAGAAGAUGAGAAACAUGUGGAUGAUGGGGCCAGUUGCAACACACAGACACUUGAUGAAGAGACAAUUGACAAGACUCAAUGUCAGAAGAUGAGAGAAACUAGCACAAUUGAUGAGACAAGUGAAGAUGGAUGCUCAAGCAGCCUAGAGAAUAAUGAUGAGAGCAAUAAAAGAGAGAGCCAAAUUGAGUUGGUGGAUGUGUCUGAAGAAAGUUGUAUAGCUGAACAAGAUCAGGAUUUGUUGGAAAAAGAUCAAGGCAAAGGUAGAAGGUUCGAAAGCACAAAUUGCAUAGGUGGUGAAGAGGAAAGCACAAGCAAGAAUAGUAAAGGUGCAAUUAGGAGAAAGAGGGGUGUUGAAGAUGAUGAUGAAAUGAGAAAGUUCAACCCCAAAGAGCCAAACUUCCUGGCCUUGGUUCCUGAACCAGAACAAGAAAAGGUUGAUCUGAGGCAUCAAAUGAUGGACGAGAGAAAGAAUUCAGAGGAAUGGAUGCUUGAUUGUGCACUCAGACAAGCUGUGACAAAACUUGCACCAGCUAGGAAGAAGAAGGUGGCACUGCUAGUUGAAGCCUUUGAAACGGUGAUGCCAGCACCCAAAUGUGAAAACCGUGUGAGAAACAGUUCAGCAUUUGGUCAUGCAGGAAGAAUUCAAGCUUGUAGCUGA